CGACGUCAAUAUAGCUGCUUAUUUUAUCUGGUUAUCGUAAUUAGAUAUUGGCCAUAAGAUUAUAGCUACGAAUUGUUACAUUUAUAACAUGAGCAUUUGACUAUUAAAGGGAUCACUCAAUGAAAUUUGAUUCAUUUGCAGUUAAAAUCUCAACAUUUUAAACAUGUUUUCCUGCAAUUUAAUUGUGGCAGUUAUAUUCACUGUAAUUUUAUGCAAUGAAAUCAAAUGUGAAACAAGUUUCAAGUCAACAGAAGUGACGGAAAAUCCUGUGAUCGAAACGAAACUUGGACUUAUCCAGGGAAACCUAAGAAAUGAAUCUGGUUUCGUAUUUGAAGAGUUUCUUGGUAUCAAAUAUGCAACCGUUCCUAAACGUUUCAAGUAUUCAACUCUUCUAAAUCAAAGAUGGGAUGGAAUCUUAAAAGCCAAUGAAUAUGGACCCAUUUGCCCACAACAGGACGCGAAACUAGCAACAAGUGAAGAUUGCUUGUACCUCAAUGUUUGGCGACCUACGGGACUGAGUGAUGAAACUUUAUUACCAGUUCUAUUCUGGGUCCAUGGCUCAGGUUGGCGACAUGGUUCUGGAGCUGGAAAUCCUGGUGGAAUUCUUGCUGCUGAUGGAAAGAUCAUAGUAGUCACUAUCAACUACCGAUUGGGUGCUUUAGGUUUUGGCUUUGGUGAUGAAAAUGAGAUUCAAGGCAACCAAGGAAUAUCUGAUGCUAUCAAUGGUUUGAAAUGGGUUCGAGAAAAUAUUGGCUGCUUUGGUGGUGAUCCAAGUCAAGUUACUCUUGCUGGUCACUCGGCUGGAUCAAUGUUGGGUUCAAUAAUUCCAGUUAUGCCUACACUUGAUCAUUCACUUUACUCAAAACUCUGGUUAAUGAGUGGAGUCUCUACCAUUACAAAAAUCAUUGAAAACACAACCAUCGCUCUAGCCAAGACUAAGCUUUUAGCAUCUAAAGUUGGCUGUGGCUCUGUCACCCCUGGACCUUUGGCACCAGAAGUUAUCGAAUGUCUCCAAAAUGUCAAUGUUUCUAUCCUUAUUGACAGAAACCAAGACGAAGAUAUUAGAGUCAUUGGUGGAGCUGAAGGACCAGCCUUUUUGCCAGUCUAUGGAACCCCUUUGGUCCCAGCACCGGUGAUCGACCUCUUCUUGUCUUCUUAUGGAAAAAUUGAAAAGAAGAUCAUAUUCAAUGGUGUUCAUCAAGAUGAAGCUACACCUUGGAUUGGAAAUUUGAGCCUUAAUACAAGAGAUGAAGCUUAUGCAGGUGCUUGGUUCAAACUGUCUUACAUUAAGAAAGAUCUGACAGCAGAACAGAUGAAACCCUUUUUUGAUUACUAUUUCAAUGGGAUCCAAGAUGGUGAUACUAAAUCUUUUCGUGUAGCUUUGGCCAAAUUUGUUACUGAUCUUUCCUUCAGAUGCCCAUCCAUUUGUUUAUCAGAAAUUUUCUCAACUUAUCAUUCUGUUCGAUUUGGUGAAUAUACAUACAUUUCAGACAAAGAUGGACCACAAGCUAGACCUGAUGGUCCACAACAUGGUGAUUCGAUUCCCCUUUACUUUGGUCAACCCUUCGCUUCUAAUCCAACGAGGCGAAGAACAGGAUCCUAUUCUGGAAAAGAUAAAAAUCUAAGUUUACGAUUAAUGAAAACAAUGUCUGAUUUUGUUUAUGGAGUCGAACCUUUGGAUUGGCCUGAAUUACAUUUUGAUAAAAAGAAUCCGGAAAAGAAACCAAAGAUUAAAAUAAUCAACCUUACAGAUUCAAUAGUCGAAUUUGACGAUCAAUCUCUUUGCUUUAAAUGGGCAAAACUUUUAAACUUUGAAAUAACUUCCAAUUCAACCAGUUUAUAUUGACCGACUAACAAUUUCGUUUCAAUAUUUUUUAUAUUUACCAAUGCUAAAUACCUGUAUAAUACAAUUUCAAUUAUCUGUUCUUGCAUUAUACUUAUCAUUUGAAAAUAUACAACUUGGCUCUAACUGAAGCUACCCACCACUUGCUAAUUGUUUAAACAUUAUACUGGCAAAUUUAAACUCAUUGUUUUAUAAUUAAAUAUUAUAUUCUCAUUUUUGUA